AUGGGGUUGAUUAAUCAACCUAUGAGUCAAAUUAGACUCACCAAUGUGUCCCUCGUGAGAAUGAAGAAAGGCAGAAAGCGAUUUGAGAUUGCUUGUUACCAGAACAAGGUCCAGGACUGGCGCCUGAAGGUUGAGAAAGAUCUUGAUGAGGUUCUCCAGAUCCCUCAAGUGUUCACCAACGUUUCCAAGGGUCAAGUGGCAAACAAUGAAGACUUGAAGGAAGCCUUCGGUACUAUCGAUCAGAAUGAAAUCAUUCUCGAAAUCCUUAAUAAAGGUGAAAUUCAACUCAAUGAAAAGGAGCGUUCGGCCAACUUACAGCAGAAGCAGAAUGAAUUUUUGACCAUCAUUUCCACUAAAUGCAUCAAUCCCAGACUGAAGAAGCGUUAUCCUCCCAGUAUGAUUCAGAAGGUGUUGACGGAGUUGAAGUUUCAUUUAAACCCUAAUAAGCCCCCCAAGACGCAGGCGUUAGAAGCUAUCAAAUUAUUAGUGGAAAAGCAAUUGAUUCCUAUUGCUCGGGCUCAGAUGAAGGUUCGUAUUGUGGUUCCCGUGGCACAAAAGAAGUUGUAUGAAGAGGACAUCAAACCGUUGAUCGACCAGGUUGAGGAAGAGGAAAAGGAUGCUAAAAAGCUUGAAUUGGUGGGUAUCAUCGAUCCCAUCAACUACAAGAAAUUGGGCGAGGUCAUUGGCUCGAAGGGAACAUUGGAAGUCGUUGAUAUGGCCGCGAUAAAGGAGACUUGA